UUAUAACCCUUCAUGGAAAGUUGGAAAUGGAAACACUGAUGGCGGCCAUCUUGAAGCGGAAUUGUUGUCAUGUUUACGUUGUGUGAAAGGUGAAAUUAAUGAAUUUUGAUAGUAUAAUCAGGCCAGCUUUGAUGUAAAUCUGUAUUGGAUCAAGUAGACAUUCACUAUGUUUUACGCACAUUUUGUGCUGGCCAAGAAAGGGCCGCUGGCCAAGAUUUGGUUGGCAGCCCACUGGGACAAAAAGCUAACGAAGGCUCAUGUGUUUGAGACGAAUAUUGAGAAAUCCGUAGAUGGCAUUUUGAAGCCUAAAGUGAAAAUGGCUUUGAGGACAUCUGGCCAUCUGCUGCUUGGUGUUGUAAGGAUUUACUCGCGGAAGGCCAAGUAUCUGCUGCAGGAUUGUAAUGAAGCCUUCGUUAAGAUCAAGAUGGCCUUCCGGCCAGGCAUGGUGGACUUGCCCGAGGAGCACAGAGAGGCCGCCAUGAACGCCAUCACCCUGCCCGAGGUGUUCCAUGACUUUGACACUGCCAUGCCAGAGUUGAAUGAGGUCGACAUUGAGGCACAGUUCUCAAUGAACCAGUCCCGUGCCGAGGAGAUCACCAUGCGGGAGGACUAUGGUUCCCUCAACCUCGUCAACCCGGACGAUGGCUUUGGAGACAUGGGAUUCGACACGGACAACCCGGACAUAAUGCGAGAGGCUAUUGGGACCGAGGGAGGCCUGGAACAGAGCAACCUGCUGUUCGCGGACGGGUCGUCGCUGGAGCUGGGCAAGGAGGGCGCGGGCGCGGCGCUGGCGGCGCCGGGGCUGGCGCGGCGGCUGGAGGCGGCGCCGCACGCGGCGCUGGACGACGGCUUCGGCGGCACCAUCGGCGACGUGCCGGACUUCGGCCAUGCGGGCGGUUUAUUCGAAGGUGAUCUCUUUGGCGAUGUAUCGGCGGCGGGCGCCAGUGCCGGCUCGGCCGCGUUAGCUGGACCCUCGUCGCAGCCGCAGUCAUUACAGGCCGAGAUUGAAGCCGCAGGAGUCAGCGAGGCGCACGCUCCGGCGCCGGAGGCCCCCGACUCGGACGACGAUAUGGGUGACCACUACGACGCCGGGACCUCGCCGCAGCACAGCUGGGGCGGGUCGGCGCCCGCGUCGCCCGCGCCCGCGCCGCCCCCCGCCGCCCCCGCGCCCGCCCCCGCCGCGCUCAUGCCGCCGCCCGCCGCGCCGCGCCCGCCCUCCGUGCGCGCCAUGGAGGUGGACGAGGCUCCGCUGGCGGAGCCGGCGCCGGCGCCCGAGCCGCUGGACAACACCACGCUGCUGCAGAACGACGAGGAGUCCUUCGCGCUCGCGCCCGUCGACGCCACCGUGCUCAAAGGCAUUACAAAAACGAAGCGCAAACGCAAGCUGAUCGUGGACGAGGUGAAGAACAUAUCGGGCGAGGAGAUGAAGAACCAGCUCAGCAACACGUCGGACAUCGUGACGACGCUCGACCUGGCGCCGCCCACGCGCCGCCUCAUGCACUGGAAGGAGACCGGCGGCGUCGAGAAGCUCUUCACACUGCCAGCCAGGCCUAUACCAUCUAGAGUUUUGUUUAAGAAAUACCAGCGCAACAUGACGCUGCGCAACGAGGGCGAGGAGGGCGACGCCAAGUCCCCCGAGCACCCCGAGCCCGCGAGGCGCAUGCGCAAGCGCCGACACGACGAGUCGAUGCUGCCACCGGAUACGCCCGCGCCAGCACCGGACCUAGAACCUCCCACACCUGUGCCACAGGAAUACGAACCUUCAGUCGAGCCGGCGCAGGCGGGCUACCAGACCCCGCGCUCCGACGUCGACGAGGCCCCGCAGACCCCAGGUAUGCUGAGCGCGCUGGGUCCUCCACUGACGCCGGGCGGGCUGGGCCCGCUGACGCCGGGCACGCUGCUGCAGGGCGGCCUCACGCCCGGCGGCUUGCCUCACGGCGGCCUCACGCCCGGCGGCUUGCCGCACGGAGGACUCACUCCAGGAGGCCUACAACACGGCGGCAUGACCCCGGCAGGCUUGCAGCACGGCGACGGACACGACUUCGGCGCCGGCGGCAUGACUCCUGCUGGCUUACACCACGGAGGAAUGACUCCAAUGGGGCUAGACAGCGGAAUGACGCCGGGCGGCCUCGGUCACGGCGGCUUGACGCCCGCCGGCUUACACCACGGCGGCAUGACGCCAGGAGGAUUAGACCACGGCGGCAUGACGCCAGUAGGCCUCCAACAUGGCGGUAUGACGCCAGCGGGUCUUCAACACGGCGGUAUGACGCCGGCCGGUCUCCAACACGGAGGCAUGACGCCGGCCGGUCUCCAGCACGGCGGCAUGACGCCAGCCGGCUUACAGCACGGAGGCAUGACGCCCGCUGGCUUGCAACACGGUGGAAUGACGCCGCAAGGGCUGUCGCACGGCAGCAUGCUGGGGCACGGGCACGGGCACGGGCUGGAGACGCCGCUGCCCAUGAUGCCGCAGCUGGGCGGCGAGGGCCCGGGCGCGCUGCUGGCGCGCGCGCACGCUCCUCCCGCGCACGCGCACGCGCACGCGCCGCCCGACCACGAGCUGCACACCGUGCCCAUGGAGCCGCUGCCGCUGCACGGCCUCGACCCCGACUACCAGGCUGGUAUGCAGAUGACCAAUUUGGGUUACGACGACAAUGGCCACCAAAGUCCGCAGCACGAUUACGACUUACCACCCAGUGUUGAAAAUGGCGAGGAAGGCGAGCGCGAGGCGGGCGAGACGGACGAGCAGUUCGAGGAGCGCGUGCUGAACCGGCGCGCGGCGCAGCUGUUCGCCGUCAUGCGGCCCAAGCUCGCCGCCGGCCUGCAGCUCGGCUUCGACGACCUCGCGCCCCGCCACAACAACAGGAAACAGGUGGCACAGAAAUUCUAUAGUUUAUUGGUACUGAAGAAACAUCAAGUAUUAAAGUUAGAACAACACGAAACAUAUGGACCUAUUACUAUUAUUAAGGGCGCGCAGUUCGAGACGGAGGCGAUCUAAAUACUAUAAUGUUAUUUAUAUUAGCUAUAAUAUAAAAGAAGAAUAUCUAAAAUAGUAUGUAAAAGAGGGUAUAAAGAGGUAUCAGUUAUAGUGAUGUUUAUUGAAGUACUCUACUUCACACAGUACUAGAUUGAGCCAAAAAUAACGAUUGUAUGUUGACCUUACGAUUUGAGUCAACGGGGCCUGAAAUGAAUUGAUGGACCAAGGAGCGCACUGAUCUCAGUAAAAAUUGAUACGAUAUAUCAUACGUACAGUACAUGUAACACUUGCCCCGUAGUCUCAUUUCGUAAGCGAUCACAGUUCUUUUUGAUAGCCUCGUUAGGGAAAUGCCUUAUUUUGUUUUGCUAUAGGUUAAGUCAAAUUAUUGUAAAAAUGUUUACAAAUAACGUUUUAAAUUGCUUUCAAGUCGAAGUGUAGGUUGCUAUUGUUAAUGUAUCUUAAAUCCCAAAAUUAUGUAAGCGUGUAUUUUUUGUACUGAUCAUGUUAUUAAGGAGACAAUUGGUAUGCAUGUUUGCAGAGUGCAUCUAUUCUCAAGGAAAUGUAGGAUAUUGUAGAAAAUGUAGUGAUGUGUACUGCUGCAUGCGAGUUUAGAUCUGGGCCUUGGCGGGCCUAUCUCUGGGGACCUGAAUUCGAACACUCGUUAUUAAUAUUUUAAGACUAUCACUUAUCAGAGACUGUAUUAGUAUCAUUUCGGGCCAGUGCUGUCAUCAAUUGCACAGAAUAAAACAAGAAUGUGUAGGUACAGAUCAUUUUUCCACUCGGAUCGCGAUGUCGGAAUUGUAUUAUAUGUAUUAAAAUGUAGAAAUUUUUGUUAAUAAAUAAUAAGACGUUACACACGGAAUAUCCAUACUGUUAGAUGUCAGUUUUUUAAAUGGGUACAUAACCUAUACAAUUAAUUGGAAAAUAGACUAUACAUACGAGAAUGAGUUGUGCUUGAGACGUUUCGUGUGUAAUAUUAGUAAAAAUUACGCCUCCUAAUGUCGAAAUCUGUGUUCAAAUGUCACUUAUGAUGUUGUACAGUGGGCUUGAUUAGCACUUUUAUUGUUACACUCUCAACUUAUCAGUAAAAAAAGGCUCGAAAUCAAAAUUUCUAUGGCAUGUACAGAAUUACAGACUGUUGUGGAUUGAUACUUACUAAAACUGCCAACUACUCAAAGCGGGUAAGUCUACAUCUAUCCAGUAGCGAGUUUCCCGUCCACUACAAAGCUCCACACCACACUGUAUACCAUCAUCAUGUGAUAAGCAAAUGCCUUAACGUAAUCAUUGCAAUAUCACUGUUAACUUUCGUUUUUUUAGUCACAUAGACGUUUCAUUUUCAAACAUGCAUGUAGAUUUUGUGAAAAAUCAAAUAGAAAAAUGUCUAUUUGAUUUUAUCUCGAAUUUAAUUGGUUAGAUAAAUAGAUAUAAUAAAGGCAAUGACUUUUACAAUAUAGAAAAUAACGUCAAUGUGGCUAAUGAUUAAGCUAGCAAUAACAUUUGUUUGUACGAUAUGUCGCUGUUUUAUUACCGCCAGGUAUACGUUGGCACCGCUAUAGUAUUUACACUAUACCAUAUUUUAUGUAACGUUUAUUCGAAUUGUUAGUAUGUAUUAGAUUAAAGGUUGCACAUUGCGAGUAUAGUGUGGUUGAAGAAAAUAAAUUAAGAUCUUUAUCUAGAUAAUUAGUCUUGACCCCGAAAUGUACAAGAAUUUAGAGUGAUAUUGUAUGAACACCAACAACCUUCCAUAAAUAAAUAUAAGUUAUGUAGUUUAUUUGUGGGGCUAGCAUAUAGUUGUUACAUUUCUUUGAGAACGAUGUUUAUUUUUGUGUGUUUUUUGACAUUGCAAAGUGGAUCCAUUCCACAUGUUUUGGAUUGUAUUCAUUUUGGACACUCAUUUAAAAUUAUGUGUAAAAAAAAUAUAACGCAUUAUAAAUGCCAGGCACUUUUACCAAAUCUUUCAGUUGACUAAUUAAUAUUUAAGUGGUUACCUCCGCAUUGAGGAAUGCCUUCAUCUACGAGCGGGAGUGGCCACUUAGAUUUAGAUUUUUUUGUCAUAAAACAUUUCUGUAUUUGCAAUAAAUUUGUUAAUAAAA